CGAUGAUGACUAUUCGCAGCUUGUUUCCGCCGUCUCUCUCUCUCCUCUCUCUCUCUCUCUGCACCCUCCAAUCUCAUCUGUCGACGGCCUGAGGACCGCCGGACGCGUUCAGUGCGUCAGCUGUGGAACUCUUGUUGAAUUUUAGAUUCUAAAUCAUCAGGCAAAAAGAUUUUAUUUUUUGCCCUUUCAAGGGGAAAAAAUGGAUUUCUCAUGCUCGACGCUUCUCUUGCGAAUUUGUGGGAGUUCAGGGUGGAAUAUAUUUAAUUUCCUGUUGCUUCUCCAAGUUAUUUGAUUUCUUGGACUUUGCUGAAAGGUUUAUUGUGAUUCACAAGUAUAUUUCUUCUGAUUGAUAUUGUUUUGUGACCUUCAUUUCUUUGGAGUGAUGAUUGUGAUUGCUUUCGUCGGGGAAGUUCGAAUGAAAGCUAAUAUUUUUCGUAUAUUAUUUGCUGAACAUACGAUUGACUUUGUUAGAAAGGACGAGUUUGAUCUGUUUUAGGAAAGUUAUUAUUUUGGCCAGUGGAUUUGAUGGUAUGAAGUUCUUUCGGCAGAUUCGUGGGAUAUUCUUAUCUCAGUCAUUUAGUGUGAGAUCGUUUUGAGAAUAAGAUUAGUGGUGUGACUCCAAGAAGUCAGUGUUUUCUUGCCGGAGGAUAAAUACUAUGGCUUUCGCACGUUUCUCUAUCUGGAUUUGGGGCAGGAAGGAUCAUGAAUCCGCCAAUUCGACACUCGUACCUCCUGAAUUCCCUUCAGGAUUCAAGGAAGCAGCGGAUUACUCUAAUGUACACAGGACAAGGUCAAACUGGAGAAGAAAUAAGAAAAACUUGCAAAACCGCAAGGAAAGGCGGAUAGACAAGGAGUACGACAUCGUUCUUGUGCCCUCAGAUGGUGGAUGCAUAUCUGGGUCGGAGUCUGAUGAUUCUGAUUGGUCUAUUGGGUGGUCGGAACCUCAUGGCCCUGAAUUUGAGAGCGAUUCAGAAGCAGAGAAAAGCUUCGCAGUUUUGGUGCGGUGUUAUGGUCGUGGACGCAAUGAGCAGGCAAAAAACUCCAGAACUCAUGUCCUGGGAGCAGUCAGUCAUAUGGAUGAUGAUCUAUCAGAUGGUAAUAAGCGUAUGGAGGAAUGGCUUUCUUCUCUUUGAAGCAUCUGACUGAAUACUAAUUGACAACUUGACCUAAUGAGGUGUGAGAA